UUUUACUUAUAUGGACCAAACAUUUACAGCUACAUGUAUAUAUGUCACAACGGAAACAGCCGAAUGUAUCGAACUGUCAUCGGCCCUUUUCGGCAAAACCAGGAAGUUUAGUUAAGCGUGUUAAAGGAUUUUUUUAAAGACAAGACUAACCUACAGUACAGGAAUACAUUUUCCACCGUGCUUGUGAGAAUAGAUACUGUCUUAUCAGCAUGUCAUUGCCUCCCGCAGAUGAACUGUCUAGAUGGACAGUGAAUCAAGUAAAUACAUGGCUGAGUCAGAACAGUCUAACAGCAUUCAGGGAUGCUUUCCUGGCAGAUAGCAUUGAUGGAAGCAAACUGAUGAGGAUGAAACCAACAGAUAUUGACCAACGGUACAACAGUAUUCCACUCAAAAAAAGAAGUGUUUUAAAAGAAAUUCUUAGUAAGCUUGAUACUUCACCCCGACCAUCAGCGACUUGGAAUUCGACACCACCACUUCCACCUAGACCUAAGGCACCACCGUCUAAUCCAUCACCUGAUGAAUCAGAUGAAGAUGAUAAUGGUUGGAGUGACAGCUUUUCUGAUGAGGAUGACCCUGGAGAGUAUGUGGAACCCACAUCAGCACCUUCAGACAUUUUCAGAAAAAAAUCAGGCAUUUGGCAAGGAAAAUAUAUGUGUGCAUUUAAGUGACUAUUAUUACUAAUA